AUGGAUGAAGAGGAAAAACGUGAAAUGUGUCCAAUCUGUAAAACAGAUCGUUACUUAUCACCGGACAUGAAGUUUUUAGUGAAUCCAGAAUGUUAUCAUAAGAUUUGUGAAUCAUGUGUUGAUCGUAUUUUUAGUUUGGGUCCAGCACAAUGUCCUUAUGAAGGCUGCGAUAAGAUUUUGCGUAGAAAUAAAUUUAAAACGCAAGUAUUUGAUGAUGUUGACGUAGAGAAGGAAGUUGAUAUAAGGAAGAGAGUGUUCAAUGUUUUCAAUAAAACACUAGAAGAUUUUGAUGGGGAUGAAAAUAAAUACAAUGCUUAUUUGGAAGAAGUAGAAGAUAUAAUAUACAAUUUGGACAAUGGAAUUGAUUUAAAGGCUACUGAAGAGAAAGUUAAGACUUAUGAGGAUUUAAAUAGACAACUGAUUUUAGCAAAUAUAGAAAGAACUAAACAGGAUUUAAAAAUUUAUGAGAAGAGAGAACAAUUCCAAAAAGAAAUGAAACUCAAAAAGAAACUUUUAGAAAAACAAAUUGAACAAGAAGAAAAAAAUAAUCAGGAAUGGGCUAAAAGGGAAAUUGUGGACCAACUAUCUGCUGGAAAUGACACCAGUGAGGUUAUAAAUAAUGUUAAGAAGACGGUUAAAUUAAAAAAAUCGUCUGCCAGAAGAAAAUUGGAAGAAUUAAAUAAAGUCUUGAAAAGUAAUCCAUAUUCUAUGAUAUCUAACGGGGUAUUGAAGAGACAAGAGCCUAGGAAGGUCCCAUUUACACCAUUUAAUGGGGAUAGAGACUUACACAAAAGAUAUGCUCUGCAUGAAGAUAAAACAUAUUAUGAUCCAUUUAUUAAACAAUUACAAACUCGUAAAGAUUAUAUAGCAUCCGGGUUUGAAGCUACCUUAGUUUAUGAUAGAAUGUUAACUGAGGCAUUUACAGGAUUAGGAUGUUUUAUCCAGGAAGAGCUUUCAUCUUCUUAG